AUGGAUCUUUCUAGGCUCGUCGCCGUGGCCGUGCUCCUCGGCGCCUUGCGGCCGCUCCGGAGCUACUGCGCCGGCGACGUCAAGAGCCUGCACCCGGUCGUGCUCGUGCCGGGGUACGGCUCCAACCUGCUCGAGGCGCAGCUGACGGCGGCGUACGACCCGCCGGCGCCCGGCUGCGGCGCGCGUAAGGGGAAGGGGUGGUUCCGGCUGUGGCCGAUCAACCAGACGGCGAUGCAGGACCCCCGCCAGGUCCCGUGCUUCGUGGACCAGAUGAGCCUCGUCUACGACGCCGUCGCCGACGACUACGGCAACGUCGCCGGCGUCGUGACCCGGGUCCCGUUCUUCGGCUCCACGCGCGGCUUAAUUGGGUGGGACCCGCUGCUGCGGGAGCUGGAGGCCGCGGGCUACCGCGACGGCGAGAGCCUCUUCGCCGUGCCGUACGACUUCCGCUACUCCGUCGCGCCGCGCGGCCACCCGUCCGCGGAGGGCGCCUGCAACUUCGACGAGUUCACGCGCCUCGUCGAAAGGGCGAGCUCGCUCAACCAGGGACGUCCGGUCGUCGUCGUCGCGCACAGCUUCGGCUGCGCGCUCGCGUACCAGUUCCUCCUCGGCCGCCCGCUCGCCUGGCGCCGGCGCUUCGUCAAGCGCGUCGUCCUCGUCGCCUCCGCGCUCGGCGGCUUCUCGGAGGGGAUGAACGACCUGGCCGCCGGCACGGACUACGGCCUGCCGAACGUCGCGCGGCCGUCGAGGGUCCGGCUGGCGCGGAGCCAGCAGAGCGCGCUCUGGCGCCUGCCCACGCCGACGGUGUUCGGGGACCGGCCGCUGGUGGUGACCAAGAACGUGACGUACACUGCACACAAUAUUGCUGAGUUCUUCGAGGCCGUCGGCUUCCCGGAAGGGGUCCGGCCGUACGUGACGCGGGUGCUGCCAGCAUGGGAGGCGCUCCCGGCGCCGAUGGUGCCGGUGACCAGCGUCAUCGGGGUCGGCGUCAGCACGCCGGAGACGUUCGUGUACGGGGAAGACGGCUUCACGGGGAACCCGGAGGUGGUGUACGGCGACGGCGAUGGCGACAUAAACAUGGUGAGUCUGGUGGCCAUCGAGAAGGAGUGGUCUAGCGUGGAAGGCCAGGUUCUGAAGGUGGUCAGGUUGCCUGGUUUUCGUCACGAUGGCUUCUUCAACGUUUGUUUCGCUCUGAAAAAAGUGGUUGCUGAAAUACUCGAGGCUGGUGGAACUAUAGAACUCCAUCAGAAGAUUGGCCGAGUGCAGAUCGAUGCAGGUUCCGUCAGGACGGAAGAUAGACGUAUAGUGCACGAAGGCCUUUAUAAUGCUUUGAGUAAUGCGUUUUUAGAGGUGCUCUGA